AUGCCGGAAACAGAUGAUCCUCCACCCGAGGAGAACACUCAGAGAACCGAAAUCUUUCUGGGCCCAUAUGACGAGUUUAUUAGUAUUGAGCCAAAUGGUGAUACAUAUAAAGAAGCAUUAAAAUUCAGUAGCUUUGAAAAUGUUCCAGAAGUAGAUUUUGUCAGCCCUCUUCCUGCUGUAGAGGACAUGAUCAGAAAUCGCAUAAUCUUACAGGGCUACAAAGAGGAUGCUUGGAAGGACGAACACACAUUGUUUGUGUUAACUGAGUUUGUACCAUCGAAUGGAGCCGACGCCAUAUUUUUUAAUAUGCUUCCAGACGGAGAACUUAACGUAGGAUCAGGAGUUCCAGUAAAUGCAUAUCGAGAUGUUUGCUAUUUUGUUCGUACUCGGGAGGGUAUCAACAACGAGAUUACAUCGGAAAAUUUUGUCAGAACUGUUCUGAAUGGUUCAGUUAUAGGACAAGGAAUCGAAAGCCUACUUCGCGUCAUGGCUUCAGUGUAUGCACCAACUUUCUUUUUUAACGAGUCGUGGCCUGAUAGCAUAAAAAACGACUUUGCCUUGCAACUACAUCGGUUCAUGUCUGCUCUCACAGACACGAGGUGGAAGCUAAAUGCGAAAACAGUGCUUUAUGUUCCCCAUGAAGGUCUCAAGCUUCCAUCAGCAGUAGAAGCAAAAAAUAAAGACCUCGUCAGUCGCCUCGAGAUGAUUGUUAUCCACUGGACUAGACAAAUUAAAGAAGUCCUUAACUCCCAAAGUGCUCUAGAUGAAGAUGAGGGGACAGGGCCGUUGAAUGAGAUUGAGUACUGGAAAAAUCGCUGUGACGAUCUAACCGGCAUCGGCAAGCAAUUAGAUAACAAAAAUAUCAUCAAGAUCGUGCAGAUACUCACAAUUGCAAAGUCAUCUUACAUAACUGCAUUCAUUCGCCUUUCCGAAGAAAUUAAAAAAAACUCGUCUGAAGCCCAAGACAAUCUAAAGUUCUUGCUUACCAUGAAAGAUAUUUGCAUCACUCUUUCCGAUUUGACGCCUGAUGAAAUUCCGCCGAUUUUGCCACAAAUCAUUAAUCAAAUACGGAUGAUAUGGACGAACUCGAAGCAUUACAGGUCCAAAGAUAUUAUAACGGGGCUCUUUCGGAAGGUGUCUAACGAAAUUAUCGCUCGAUGUUGUAGUGUAAUCUCCCUAGACGACAUUUUUCUUGGGAAGGUUAGAUCAGCAUCGCUCCGGCUUAAGGAAUGUAUCAAUUGCUGUGAGAAGUACAGGUCCACAUACUUGCAUCUAAAGGACAUGCAUUUGAAGUUUUCGGGUAAACCUUGGGACACCGAAGAUGGAAGUAUCUUCGCCCAAAUUGAUGCUUUUAUCCAACGCUGCAGUGAUCUACUUGAGAUUUGCGAUUGCCAAGUCGAUUUUGGUCGAUUUGAGGAGGGUAACCAGGUUGAAAUACCCAUCUUCCAGGGUGCAAAGGGAUCAGAAGUAGAGCUGCUUCUUUUGCAAAUCGAGAACAUGUUUUCUAAGCUCAUGAAAGAACUCAGUGAAAAGCGAGCCGUCAUCCUGAAUGUAAAGGCAACCUCUUGGCACGAUCAGUAUAAUCGUUUUCGCAAUGGGAUAAAGGACCUCGAAAUUAUGAUGCAAAAUUCUAUCAACCUGGCUUUCGAAACAGUUACUACAAUUCAACAGGGCGUGGAAGUUCUCGACAUAUUUUCCCACCUUCAAAAUAGGGAGGCCAUCCGUCGGACACUGGAAACCAGCACUCAUACAGUUGUGGACAUGUUCCUCGAAUGUAUAGUGAAAGUGAAGCAUGAGAUGGUAGUGCGUCCUUUCAUGGGUCUCCCCAGGCCACGUGAACCGAAAUUCGCACUAAAGGGUCUUUUCUGGAGAUUUUUACGGCGACGACUCGAGAAGAAUAUUAGCCAACUGGACUUAGCAUUUUUCAUGCCGAUCGCAGCUACAGCCAUGGAGGAGCAACGAAGCGUUUACAACCAAAUCUGUCAGAGUAUUGAGGAGCUGACGCGGAAAGUUUUUAACGAUUUUAUGAAUACCAUUGAGUCUGAUCCGUUGAAAUGCCUGGAGGUGCCAAUUCUUACUCGAAGUUUAAUUAAAACCGAUCAACUUGAGACAACGUUUUCGGGAAGCAUUCUUAAGUUGAACAACGAGUUAGACCACUGGGUCCGAUUAGGCAUAGAGGUUCCGCACUACGCAGCCGAGGCACAUCGCCGCAAGCCAGAGCUUCGUCACCUACGAGAGAUCGUUCUGGUCCUCGUGCGGGAAUACAACCGCAUCAUAAACGCCCUCAACCCCGAGGAAAAAGCCCUUUUUCAGGAACGGAUCAAGAUUCUUGACAAGAAGAUUGCUCCCGGCCUUGUGAAAAUCCAGUGGCCUGUUAAGUCCAUGGUUGAGUUCUUUAUCAAUGACAGUCGCUUGCAGACUUGCAAUUUGCAAGGCAAGGUGGACGAGUAUAAGGCAGCCAACGCAAACAUCCGGGAGAAUUGCGAACUCAUUGCCAAAACCUUGCUACUGAACCUUGAACCUGGCAGAAUAUAUGAAAAUAACGACUUCCAUGAGGAGCAGCUUAACCAUCGGGAGAGGACGGCAAAGAAACUGAUUUCCCUACACCAGGAAAUUAUUCAAAAAAUGUCGCAGGUCAAGGAAACAUUCGUGUCAGAAAAUCCAGAUGUUCAGGCUCACUGGUAUUCAUACACAGAACGAAUGGAUCGUUACUGUCAAGAGGCGUUCCGAAUGAAUGUUAAGUUGUCUUUGAGCGACCUGAGACGAGCCAUCAACGGUGAUGGUCGAAAUGAACCAAACCCACUCUUUAAAAUUCUUCUUAACCUGGACGGAUCAGUUCUCGUUUUCUUGCCAACCAUUCCCAGGCUAACGGAAAUUGUGGUCUCCAUUGGCAGUCAUCUGAUCGCUGCUUUUGCUAACAUCCCCCGACUUCCUUCAGUUUUGACAAAAAAUAAGACCCCUGACACGUUGUCCAUUGCAGCUGUAGUAGAAGCCGACGAAGAAAUAUUAAAAAUUCAAGACAGCAUUAAGCGUGGAGUUAUAGACAUCUCUAAGCCUGUGCACGAUCCGCUGACUUAUUGGGAUCAAUUCCGGGAGAUUUGGGAACAGUCCAAGGAUGAAGUUAUUAGUCGCUACCGCCAAGUCAAACUCCAUGCCUCUGCGAUUAAUCAGGACAUUUCCAGGUACACUGAAGUGACCAACAAGGUGAUGGACGCAGAAGCAAUGGUGACGGUGCGCUUUCUACAACUCGACUUCAGUCUCCUUAAGAAUGCCAUAGGAGCUCACUGUCGCGAAUGGCAAAUUCGUUUGAUAGGCCUCUUAAUGGAUAUGACUGUCGAAGACCUCAAUAGCAUUUAUGAUUAUAUGGACAGCAUGACUAAAAGACUGUCUCAGAUCCCUAUGUCCUUGACCGAACUCGUCGAGUCGAUACGUCUACUGGAGACCGUUGUCAAUGAGCAAACUGACGUGGAGGCGAAAUUUGCACCACUAGAAGAGCAAUUCGCUAUUCUUGAUAAAUGUGAAGUUACCUAUGCCCACGAGGUGGUCACGAGGCGAUCAAAUCUACACACCGAUUGGGCCAAUUUUAAGGAUAAUUUAGUCAACUGCGAAGAGAUGAUUCGCAGAACCAAAGAAAAAUUCAAGCUAAACUUGCUUGCAGAGUCGGACAAGGUGAAAAAGAAAAUAGCUAGUCUGUUGAGCGAGCUACAGGCUAAUGGCCCACAUGCAUUCAGCAUUUUACCAGAAGACGCACUGAAGAUCUGUCAAGGCUUCAGCGAGAGACUGGGCUUACUGCUUGAAAAAGAGACUGAAAUUCGAAAUGGUCUAACCAUCUUCAAAAUUGAGCAGCCACCUUGCAAAGAGACCACACUCAUACAGAAGGAGUUGGACAUUUUGGAACAAAUUUGGAACAUGAAUAAAGAAUGGGAGGCGAAUUGGGUUCAGUGGAAGAGUGGCAAGUUCUCUGAUCUCCAGACAAUGGAAAUGGAGGCGCUAGCUAGUGCAACGUUCCGAAAAUUUACCCGCCUUGCUCGGGAUUACAAAAACCGACGUUGGGAGGUCUUGGAUGCCAGUAAGGAUCGUGUUGAUCAAUUCAGACGAACCCUCCCCUUGAUUUCCGAUCUUCGCAACAACGCCAUGCGACCGCGUCAUUGGGAUGCCAUUCGUAAAGAGAUGGCUAGGGACUUUGACCAGACUUCAGAAACCUUCACUCUAGAGAAAAUAAUGACCCUCGGUUUCGACCGCUACGCUGUCUUUAUAAGCGAGCUCUCACAAGCAGCCACCAAAGAAUUGGCCAUUGAAAGGUCCCUGGACAAAAUUCAAACCAUCUGGUCUACCAUUGAAUAUAGUAUCGUGCCUCAUAAAGAUAGGGGGCAUUUCAGAUUGAGGUCUACCGAGGACCUAUUCAAUACCCUUGAAGAUCAUCAGGUUCAACUAUCGACAAUGAAGGCGUCGCGUUUCGUGAAGCCAUUUGAGCAUCAAGUUGACACGUGGGAGCGUGUCCUUUCCAAAAUUACUGAGACUACAGAGCUGUUACUGCUGGUUCAACGUCAGUGGCUCUAUAUGGAAACCAUAUUUAUGGGCGAGGAUAUUCGCAAGCAAUUACCAAAGGAAUCAACACUGUUCGAUGAACUUAACUUCCAGUGGAAGCGGAUAAUGACAUCUAUAAACGAUGUGAAAAAUGCUCAACAAUGCGCAGAUAUAAAAGGGGUGUGUGAAGAUCUUAUAAAGAUGAACGAACAGUUUGAAAUCAUCGAAAAGUCCCUGGAUAUGUUUCUCGAAACGAAACGUCAGAUAUUCCCACGUUUUUAUUUUAUUUCAAACGACGAUCUGCUUGAAAUACUCGGCCAAGGCAAAAAUCCAGAAGCGGUUAUUCCCCACCUUAAGAAAUGCUUCGAUAACAUCAACACAUUGAAGCUAGAAAAGAAAAUUAUAAAAAAGGCCCAACCGCUGAUCAGUAAAGGAAACCCAACCACCAAGCCUCCAAGUACACGGAAAAAUGCCACUGAAGCACACAAGAAGGACGACAAGACUAAGGAAAUCCCACAGGAUGAGUCAACAGCAGCAGAAAAAGAGGUACCUUCCCCACAGGAAGAACAAAAUCCUCCAGAGACAGAAGAUGAGCACGAAGAAACCCCCGGUGGUGCAGUUGAUGUUGUGACCGACGGACCUGAACAGGAUCCGAAACCCUCGGCAAAUGAGGCUCCAACGGAAAUUAAUCAGAGCAACAUUCGUCGGCUUAGUAAAUCAAGCAAUAUGCGAAUGGCACGUCGACGCGAGAUGCGCGAAACCUACUUUGGAAGCUCUGGUAGCGAUAAUAACGUAUCUCGGAGUGGUAGUACAGUCACGGUUAUUGACUGGAACGUUAAUGCUGCGGACUUCCCCGCUGCUCACAGCGCCACUCAACAACCGGGUGGGAAAAAAGGGGCUGUGCAAAUCGUUACGUAUACGCUGUUCGAAGGUGUUUCAAUGAUAUCUGCUGACGGAGAGGAGGUUCCAUGGAAGAAGAGUGUGCGCAUGGAUGGCCCUGUUGAAAUGUGGCUCUUAGAGAUCGAGUCUCAGAUGAGAAAAUCCCUGAGAGAUCUCACACGCGAUUGUCGUGCGGUCAUGAAAAAGGCCAGUGUCAGGCGGGAAAAGGUUGUAAAGGAAUGGUCCGGGCAAGUAUGCAUUACAACGAGCCAAAUUCAGUGGACGGCCGAUGUCACUAGGGCUCUGUUCAUGGUGAGCCGAAGACAUGAUAAGAAACCGCUCAGGACCAUGAGAAAGAAGCAAAAAGCCAUUUUAAGCCGCCUCUCCGAGACCAUCCGAUCCAAUCUGAGUAAAAUGCAGCGGCUAAAGAUUAACGGUCUCGUGGUAAUUGAGGUUCAUCAGAGAGACAUCAUCGACAAACUCUACAAGACUGGGUGCAGAGAUACCAACUCUUUCGACUGGCUUGCUCAACUCCGGUUCUACUGGGAAAAGGAAGAAGACGAUUGUUUCGUCAAGCAGACAAACGCUAGUUUCCGCUAUGGCUACGAGUACUUGGGCAAUUCGGGCCGUCUAGUUAUUACUUCCUUGACUGAUCGAUGUUACAUUACCCUGACAACUGCACUGAAUCUUAAUCGAGGCGGCUCACCAAAGGGACCUGCUGGUACAGGGAAAACAGAGACGACAAAAGAUUUGGGCAAAAAUCUUGGCGACUACGUCAUUGUAAUUAACUGUUCUGAUGGUCUCGACUUCAAGUCUAUGGGCCGCAUGUUCUCGGGCCUUGCACAAACAGGCGCUUGGGGAUGCUUCGAUGAAUUUAAUCGAAUCAAUAUAGAGGUUCUCUCCGUGGUGGCGCAGCAAAUCUUGGCAGUUCUAUCAGCAUUAGCCUCCAUGCCGAAAGGGAAAGGUACACCAGCUGACAUUCGCUUCAUGUUCGAGGGCAGAAUGAUCAAAUUAGUGUGGUCUUGUGGUAUUUUUAUCACUAUGAAUCCUGGAUACGCGGGUCGCACAGAAUUGCCCGACAAUCUCAAGUCCAUGUUUCGACCCAUCGCCAUGGUGGUGCCUGACUCAACCAUGAUCGCCGAAAUCACACUUUUUGCCGAGGGGUUCGACUCCUGCAAGGUGCUGGCCAAGAAGGUGUUCACAUUGUACAGCCUUUCCACACAGCAACUGAGCAAGCAGGAUCACUACGAUUUCGGGCUGCGGGCACUCAUCUCCGUGUUGCGGUACGCCGGUCGCAAGAAGCGCGCGAAUCCGGGAAUGCAUGACGAAGAAAUCCUCCUCCUAUCGAUGAACGACAUGAACCUGGCCAAGCUAACUUCGGUCGACUUGCCACUGUUCAAGGACAUAGUGUCAGACCUCUUCCCUGGAAUUGAGGUUCCUGUAAUUGACUACACGGUGGCCCUUCAACCGCUCCAACAUCAAACAGACUUCGAUGCAGCUUACGGCUUGCCAUGGCCCCACCUUCGGGAAGUCGCCUUAGUUGUCCUUGUGCGCAGCAAGGGCCUUGCUAUGCCUCCGGACCUCUUCCGAAUAUUCGUAUCAACUGGCGAUGAACGCUAA